AACAAUAUCAUCAUGUCUGGAAGAGGUGCAGGCAAGCAAGGCGGAAAAGUCAGAGGCAAGCCAAAAACCCGCUCCUCCCGUGCCGGGCUCCAGUUCCCGGUCGGUCGUGUUCACAGACUGCUCCGCAAGGGAAACUAUGCCGAGCGUGUGGGAGCCGGAGCCCCCGUCUACCUGGCGGCUGUGCUCGAAUACCUGACCGCUGAGAUCCUCGAGCUGGCUGGCAAUGCUGCCCGGGACAACAAGAAGACCAGGAUCAUCCCCCGUCACCUGCAGCUGGCUGUCCGCAACGACGAGGAGCUCAACAAGCUGCUGGGAGGAGUCACCAUCGCUCAGGGAGGUGUGUUGCCCAACAUCCAGUCUUGUCUGCUGCCCAAGAAGGGUGAGAAGGCCGCUAAGAAGUAGACUUGAUAAUACCAAGCCCGCUACAUUCAACGCAAAGGCUCUUUUAAG